AUGCGGUUCGUUAUACUGGUCGAUGCGAUCGUUUUACUCGCUUCAGUUUCUUUAGCGUCGGGUAAGGACCUGUAUUCCGGAGGAAAAAGCGUACUCCGGUGCUCGGCAAUCGAGGAGAUAGCUGAUCCCCAGAAGAUCGAGCUCUUCCACGACGACCAACUCAUCUACGUCGCCGAAAUCCAGACGCAACGCAAUGGUUUAAACAUGAUCAGCCACACUCCCUCCGAGUCGUGGGGAGGUCGCGCUCUCUUCAACCCGAAGACAUAUUCUCUGCAUCUGGCACGACUGACUCCAAAGGACGCCGGCGUCUAUACCUGCCGGGUGGUCGGGAAAGAAGAUGCCGUGAACGAGACUUUCCACAUACGAGGACCGAUGGAAGUCCCCCAGAUGCGGGUGGUUUCCUCAUCCUUGGACGCGAUCGUCAACGCCAGCACUCGGAAUGUCGGGCCUCUGCGAGAAGACGAGAGUGUGGAUCUCUAUUGCGACGCCGAUCCGGGUCAUUCACAUCUCCGAAUCGAACGUCUGGGACGUCGUCAUGACGGAAUUCGGUUCUCUUGUCGAGCCGAAGAUAAGCUAACCGCUGAACGUCGCCAAUCCACUACAGUCGGCUUGAAUAUUUAUUUCAGGCCGCUCGGCAUCGCCACGUCGAACAACAAGAUUCUCUACGCUUGGGAGAAUUCUGAAGUUGAAUGCGUUGUGAGCGGUUCUAGGCCACCGCCUCUGAUAUCUUGGAUUUUCGGGAACAAGAAGAUGAAGUCAACUUUCAUCCACACGUCGUUCAAUGGAAACGUGACGACAACUUCGGUCUCGUUCAAGCCACGUCCCGAACAUCACGGCAUUCCGGUGUCUUGCCAGGCUACUAACCCAGCGUUUCCUCAGGACGUCCUAAUCGAGACGUGGAACUUGAUCGUACAUUAUGCUCCGAUCGUGGACUUGUACCCGUGUCCUGGAAGCGCACAGCGCCUCCCGAAAGCGGAGCGAGACUCGAGUAUCGCGGCUUUCGUCGUCGAGUCGAGAAGUACUCUCUGUCUUCGUUGCACAAUUCUCGCGAGCCCAGCACCUUCGUCGAUGAGGUGGUUCCGCGACAAGGAAGAUUUGGCGAACAACUCUACCUCGACAGUGCUCCGCAUCGGACCUCCUUUGUCUCAAGAACAUGACGGGACGUAUGCGUGCAGCGCUCAGAACUCGCUAUCUGAAGUUUCAUCGGCACCGAUCCGAAUCCUAAUUCGGAGAGUCCUCGACAAUGCGUCUCAGCAUCAAGAAAAUUACCAACUGGAAGCGGGAUUUUCGGCUCUGAUCGUUUUAGGUAUUGUUACGGCCGUUGCGAUCAUGGCAUUCUAUUGGAGAAGCGUCUCGAGUGAGAGAAGCAGAACGGGAGCUCGCUGCUCAGACGGUACAGUAGUUCGGACGUGA